AUGAAAUCCCCAUUAGGCUUUGCUCGUGUAGGGGAAUUGGCUUGCCAACGUGACACAUUUCUCCGUGAGCUUUGUGCACGUGUUGUCUCGUGUGAGGCACUGUCUUUAGACAAGACCCAACGCAGUGGUAAGAAUAAUAAUAACAACGCGAAAAAGAAUAAUAAUAAUAAUAAUAAUAAUAAUAAUAAUAAUAAUACGGAUGCUGCAUCCACGUUUACGGACCCACAUUCGGCUUUUGAUGUUAUUCUCACCGACUCUGUUCUCUUCCCUGAGGGUGGUGGACAGCCGUGCGAUUAUGGUGAACUUAUUUGCGAUGAGACGAGUGGAAAUGGAAAUGGAGUGCCAGUGCCGGUGCGUCAAGUACGGCGGGUUGGGGAUACGUGUGUUCUGCGUGUUCCCACGGCUCUGCCUGUUGGGGCAUCUGUGAAACUACGCGUGGAUGAUAAACGGCGGCGUGAUCACACACAACACCACUCCGCCCAACAUCUUCUCACGGCGAUGUUGUUAAGGAAUGAUGUGAUGGAGGGAAAACCACUUCCCACGAUUGCGUGGGCCCUCACGUAUCCGCAUUGUCAUGUGGUGCUGCCAUCAUCUGAGCGACUCUCACCGGCGGUAGUGGCUCGGGUGGAGGCGGCGUGUAAUGAUGCGAUUGCAAAGAGUGUACCAGUUCGCUGUGAAGUAUUCCCAAGCAGAGAGGCAUAUGUACAAGCACGUGCUCUGGAAAAGGAGAAGGAAGAAGGGGAUGGAAAUAAUACACAGCGUCCUUCACGUGAUAUUCCGCAUGAUGUGACUGGACCAAUUCGUAUUAUCACUAUAGAUGGUGUGGAUAGUUGUACCUGUUGUGGUACACAUGUGACCAAUUUAGCACAGUUGCAGAUGCUGAAGUUACUACAUCAAGAAACAAAGGGAGAUACACUGAAACUCUUCUUUAUCGCAGGUGAUCGUGUGCGGGAGUACUUUUCAGAUAUGUACUUCCGUGAAAAAGAGUUAAUGAAAGAGAUGGGUGGUGUUCGACCAGAAGACUUUGUGGCCACAGCUAUACGGAAAGGCAAGGAUUUUGUAGAUAUGGAAAAAAAAGUAAAGAACUUAACCAUGGAACUUAUGAAAUUGGAAAGUGCAAGACUAAUUCAAGAGUUGACAAAAGCGGCAGAAAAAGGUGAUACUACUUCUCCUGAAAAUAUCCUUGUUUAUCGUCGCGAUGAUGUGGAUGUGGAAUUCUUUAAUGCCUUACGAGAUGCCGUUCGUCAGGCAUUCCCCAAUUGUCGUGGAGUAUUUGCAUGGGGAACCCCAUCCACCACCUCAACUGUAAAAAGUGGACAAUUUAUGAUAUUUGGCCCAACUGCGUGGGUGGAUGGAGUGGCGCCGGAGGUCUGCCAGGCAUUAGAGGGACGGGGCGGGAUGUCUAAACAGGGAUACCGCGGCAAAGGCACACUGGCGGGAUGGGAUACCCUCGCAAAGACACUGCGGGGUUAG